GCUUGUAACGUGACGGAAAAUGAAUCCGUACGCGUAUCAACAAGCACAAUUACAACAACAGCAGCAGCAACAACAACAGCAGUAUCAAUACCAAGCCCACUACCCGCAACAACAGCCGUAUUACUACAUUCAACAACAACCUUCCACUCAACCGCAAACGGCUUACCAGACUCCUCAGCAGUAUGCUCAAUACGGAACAAUAGGCUAUCAAAAUCACCAAACACCUGCCAAUACAGGACAAUAUUCUUUACAAGGAUAUCCACAAGUCGCUGGAGCACAGUAUGUGGCGACAAGCCUCACAGGACAAACCUUUUACGCGACGGCCGCUCAACCCAGCCAAGCCGUCCACGAACAAGCAGCAGUCCAACCUCAGAACCAACAGGCUGUCAGCGACGAACAACCACCGCCAUUACCGCCGGAGCAAUCCGAUUCUUCUGCUGCUGCUGCCCCUCCUCCCUUACCUCCUGAACCGGCACCCACAUCAACAGUGGUUGAACAACAGAUUUCUGAAUCUCAGAAGCAGUACCAGGAGAAGUAUGCAGCGUGGCAGCAGCAAUAUGCCCAGUGGCAGGCACAGCAUCAAAACCAUCCUGAUCAGAAACAAUAUCAAGAAUGGCAGAAGCAAAUGAGUCAAUGGCAACAACAUAACCAAACCCUGUUAAAGAUGAAAGCAGCAGACGGUCAACAUCAGCAGACAACUGAACAGCAUGCUGUGACAGCUACUGUGACUUCACAGGGUCAAAGACAGGCUAUUAAACAACAACAGCCACAUCAUCCAGGGGAAAGUUUUGUUGCUGCCCAGCAAGGACAACAGCAGUCAUAUGAACAAUAUCAACAACAAUCACAUUACCAACAACAACAACAAUUACCUUACCAACAACAACAGCAACAACAACAACAAUCAUCUUACCAACAACAACAACAACAAUCACCUUACCAACAACAACAACAACAACAACAACAACAACAAUCAUCUUACCAACAACAACAACAACAACAACAAUCAUCUUACCAACAACAACAACAACAACAACUUCUUCAAAACCAGCAGCACCGUCAGCCAUCUCAGUCUCAAUGGUCUCAAAAUACUUCCAUGCAAAAUCAGCAAGGCCUAAAUCAACAGUAUAAUCAGCAACAAAGCCAUAAUUAUCAUAACCAAAACCGACAAUACCAACAGCAACAACACCAACCAUGGAAAUCACAGCAUGAACAACAGCAAAAACCAAACUGGAUGCAACAUCAGAAAGGUGAUGGUGACCAGAACUCUAAGAAUAACAAUCAAGCUUCAUUGCCAACAAACAUUCCUGACUUGAUGCAAAACAAGCCUAUUGGAACUCACAAAGCUACAAUCCAACAAAAUCAGCUUCCAAACUGGAUGGAGUCUGGCAAAACCUCAACAUUGUCAAGCCAACCAGGACAGAACCCUAGGUGGAUGCCACCUGCAAAGGCAGUAUCAAAUCAACAACAGAGAACUGCAGUUAGUGACAGUGGUGCUAAACAACUUCCAAAAUGGUUGCAGGCUAAGCAAGGCUUGUCAAAUCAACAUCAACCAUCUGAAAGGAAUCAACAAGAAGAAAAUAAGAUGCCAAAAUGGUUACAAGAAAAACUUGAAAAAACUGAACAAGAUGUCAAACAAGAAGCUGCAAAGAAAGCUCUUGAGGCUCAAAAGAAACAAGUUCCAAAAUGGCUACAGGAAAAAGUUCCAAAAACUAGUCAAGCUCAAGCUGUCACUUAUGGCCAACAGUCACAAGAAAAGCAAAUUCCAAAGUGGCUUAGUAAAGACAAACCUUCAGUAGAUGGUAGCCAAACAGGAGACCAAGUGAAACAGGGUCACAUACCAAAAUGGCUUCAGUCUAAGACAACAGUUGCUCCAGGUAGUACUGUGACACAAACAUCAUCAGGUACAUGUGGAGAUAGGAUUAUAAUCUGGUUGUUUUAAUUCAAAACAGUCAUAAUACGUAGAGAAACUACAUGUAAGUUUUAAGUUCUGUAGCCUUUUGCAGUUACAAAGAAAGCCAGAGCCAUCACGUUUACACCACAUUGUUAUCUCCAGCUGUUGGGUAUUUAACUUCAGUAAUGUUUCUUUUGCAACUCCCUGAUCUCCAAUGUGACUAAAAAUUGAGUAGUUCGUAUAGUGUGAUCGUCCGGGUGAGUGUAGUUCUGAAAAGAACUGUUGUUGGUGACUGACGU